GAAACUUUAUCACUAGCUUUCUUAGGUGUUCAGUUUACAUAGUAAUAUUUACAAAUUUUCCAAGAUCUAACUAUGCUCCAUCGCUAUUAUGUAAUGCAAAUGUAAAAAAGACCAUUUAUUUUCAACACGGCUGAUUGAAACACAUUCCUCAAGCUGUCUACCCAUCAUUGGGAUUACUAAGAUGCAUACAUCAUUACCGCUUUUUACAUAUCAGAUUCCACCCAAUCAAAAAGGGAAAACUCACCAGAUUAUCUCUUGGUUGGUAAUGAUUUGAGCGAGAGUGAAUAGAUUGGUGCCAGAAGCACUUGUGUCGAAAAGCGUUUCCUUGUAGUGUGAAUGCCACCUGAUUUAGAAUUUUCAAAUGCGAAGAAAGGUUUGCCCCUUUAUUUUGUGUGGUAUUUUGACAAUGAAGUGGAUUUUGUCAACAAGAAUGCGUUGACAGAAUAUUGAGACAACCAACCAACCAAAAUAAGGAAUUAUUAUGGGUAGUUUUCUUGUUUCUGUGUUUACACUGAAUGUUUUUCCUUGUUGUGCUAAUAUCAUUUUCGUGUAUAUACUAUAACACCAGGGUCUUUCUGUGUAUUUGUCUUUACUUGAAAAUGAAUGCAUCUCUAGUGGCCGUGUUGUGGAGCUUAUCACAAGAGUCCAUAAAGUUAUUGAAUAAAUGAGCAUAGUGUGGCAAGGCCGCUACUUAUGGAUGCGUGCGUAUCGAAAACUGAAGCUAUACUACAUCGUGAAAAGGAUGCAUCUCAGAUUGGGGCAUUACUUCCUACAAAUGGGAAAACUAUCUAAAUAGAGUCCCCUUUUUUCUUUGUUUAUUCGCAUUAUCAUUUUGAAUAAUCCUCCGGUUCUAUACACAAAAAAUAAAAUACAUUGGUUUCCAAAAUAGGAAUGCUUUGUAAUAUUCUAAUGUUUACGAAUUAACGUCUUACUACUUCUUUUUAUAUUAAGAAUUCAACUACUGUACAUUGAAGCUGAUCGAACUUGAUAAGAUAAAUAUGGUGUUGAAAUAAAGCAUACCAUGGCGUUCUGCUUUUCGAGUGUCUACUUUACGGAUGAAAAGUUCUAAUGUUCGGAUCCAAACACUUCCCUUCUGUGGUACUUUCUUCAUAGUCAGUUUUGCAUCUUCUUUCCUUGCUCUCUUUUCACCACUUCUUACGUGAUUCACUUUAUUUGCUUCUCAUUGAUAAUUCGUGAAAAAAAUAUAUACAUGCAGGUGAAUCAAAUGGAUGCCUUGGAGAAUGAAACCCUUUUCAAUUUAUCUGAACAACUGGGCAGUGUGACCACAUCCAAUCCAACGAAACUUUUAGAUGAUUUACAAAUGGCUCUUUUCGGAGGUGCAAAUCUAGAGUGUGCCGAUGUGCUUAACCGUGUAAGAGGAGUGCUUUGCAAUACGCAUUUCCACGUAAAAGUGUUGAAAGUCAAAAAGUCGGCAACAAUGCGCCAGACCGAGCACAAGUUCCUUGUUCUCGAGGUUAUCGCUUUUCUUGGAGACAUUUUUCUUUCUGUUGCUUCUGGAGAGGACCCGAGUUUGAAAGUAAUCAAGAGACUCGAUCAAUACCUGUUACCACAACUUUUUCUUACUACAUCGGUCAACUCUGAGCUUCUUUGUGAAAUCGCGCUCAAGAGUCCUCUUAAUAUUCUCCAUAACGCUUCCCAAAAAGAUCCCCAGGUACGAUGCAUCGUGGACAGACUAGAGGAAACUCUUCUUUCCUGGAAAACUAACUACGGAUGUGACUUUCUAUUGUCUCGACCUACGGUUUCAAAGGACACUGACAUGCCUCCUUCCGCUUCGCUUCUUCGCGAGGUUGCCAAUUUGAAUACAGUAAGAGAAGUCCCCCAGCACUCUAGACGCCCUGCGGCUGCAUGUGCAGUUUGGGAUGCAAGCUCUUACAGCCGCCAGCCUGAUCAUAGAUCCUUACUUCACUCGGUGAGAAAAAUUCCAGCGUAUUUGUUAACUAAGAGGCAACGGAAAUUUACAGAUGAGCAUUAUUUAGAAUCUUCGUCGCCGCCACUAAGCAAAAGUAUCAGCGAAACGUCCCCACUGAAUUCGAAGGAAGAAUUUUCUUUGCCAGACGCGCCUUCAGAUUCAGGGGAUAGCGACAGUCUCGCUGCAUUUGAAACACCGGUAAAGCGAAGAAGAGCGGACCCUUCGCUGUUUGUUCCUCCUUCACCAAAUAGAACAUAUGAAUGCUAAAAGAUUCACCUGUCCACUAUUCCUGAAAAGGAAAAUACUGUAUACUGUUGCGAUUUUUCACUCUU